GUCAGUGUGGGACGGAGGGGGCGGGACCCAGCCGCCGGUCACGUGAGGCGGGCCGAUGCGUUGUGGCGGUCGACAGGACGAGGCCUUCUCUUAGCGCCGGCAGCUCAGGGUUUAGGAGCCAUUGGUGUGGAUGGAGAGAAUGGACGUGAGCGGCCAUUGAGGGUGGCCAGGGUGCUGGUGAACCCCCCCUCUCCCCCAUCUGCUUGGUGUGUGGGCUGAGCUUCGAUGAAGGACCACAUGACGGGACACAAUAAGGAGAAGCGUUAUGAGUGCGAUGUGUGUGGCAAGGCCUGGCAGUACCCGAGCCAGCUGGAGACCCACCGGCGGGUGCACACGGGAGAACGCCCCUUCGACUGCUCGGAGUGCGGCAAGAGCUUCAAGACAGCGUUGGCCCUGAAGAUCCACCGGCGGGUGCACACGGGCGAGAAGCGCUAUGGCUGCUCCACCUGUGGCAAGAGCUUUGCCUUGUUGCCGGGGCUGCGGGCGCACUGGCGGGUGCACAGCAGUGAGCGGCCCUUCACCUGCUCCCACUGCGGCAAAGGCUUCAAGUCGUCGCCGGAACUGAAGAUGCAUGGUCUCCUGCACACCGAGGCGCGGCCGUACACAUGCAGCGACUGCGGCAAGGACUUUAAGAGGGCGGAGAACCUAACGACCCACCGGCGGCUGCACACGGGCGAGAAGCCCUAUGGCUGCUCCACAUGCAGCAAGAGAUUUGUCCGGUUGUCGGGGCUGCAGGAGCACCAGCAGGUGCACAGUAAUGAGCGGCCCUUCACCUGCUCUGACUGCGGCAAAGACUUCAAGUCAUCCAGGGACCUGAAGGAGCACAGGCCCGUGCACACCGGGGAAUGGCCCCACACCUGCUCCACCUGCGGCAAGCACUUUGCCCGGUUGAGUGGGCUGCGAGAGCACCGGUGGGUGCACAGCAGUGAGCGGCCCUUCACCUGCUCUGACUGCGGCAAAGGCUUCAAGUCAUCCAAGAACCUGAAGAUGCACAGUCGCCUGCACACUGACGAGCGGCCCUACACCUGCUCCACCUGCGGGAGGGGAUUCACCCUCUCCAGCAAGCUACUGGAUCACCAGCGCACCCACACCAGCGAGCGCCCCUUCAUCUGUGCCCAGUGUGGCAAGGGCUUCACCCGCUUCAACAACCUGCUGUCCCACCAGCUAGUGCACUCCAGCAAGAGGCCCUUUGGCUGCUCCGACUGUGGCAAGGACUUUAAGUGUGUGCAAGAGCUGAAGAAGCACCGGCGGGUGCACAGCGGAGAAUGGCCCUUCAGCUGCUCUGAGUGUGGCAAAGGCUUCAACUCAUCCAAGGCCCUGAAGGAGCACAGUCACGUGCAUACCGGGGAGCGGCCCUACACCUGCAGCGACUGUGGCAAGGGCUUUGCCCAGUCCAGCAACCUGCUGGUGCACCAGCGCAUCCACACCAGCGAGCACCCCUACACCUGCGCCCAGUGUGGCAAGGGCUUCACCUGCUCCUCCAGGCUGCUGUCCCACCAGCGGGUGCACGCCGGUGACCGUCCCUUCCCCAGCCCGGUGUGUGGAGAGCGCUUUGCCAUGGCCAACCACACCCUGUCUCACCAGCACGUGCGCACCAGUGACCAGCCCUACGACUGCCCGUACUGCGGGGGUUGCGGCAACACCAGCGGGGCCCACGCCGGCGAGCAGCUGCUCUCACUGCGGCAAACGGGGGCUGCGGCAGCACCAGCGGAUACACAGACCAUGAUGGAGAAUGUGAGGACAGACUCUCCGAUGGCAGUAUAAAACUGGACCAACAUUGCCUGUGGCAGAUUGUGUUUUCUCAGCUGCCGCAGGAAGUACAUCCUCUGUUGGGCCUUUUUGACUGUGGAGUCGAUGGCGGCCUACCAUUGAUCUAUCCAACGAUGAUCUAUUCUACAUUUACAUUGAUCUCCAUUCCCUGUGUCCUGUUUUCACUCCUUACACUUCCUUAUCUCAGUACCUCCCAUCAGACUGAAGAAAGGUAUUGACAUGAAACGUCAUGCAUUCCUUCUCUCCACAGACGCUGCCCGACUUGCUGAGUGGCCCCAGCACUGUGCGACCUUCUUCCCAUGAUGCAUGGCGCUCCCCCCAUGUGACUGCACAAUGGCAGGGGCGGGUCCCGCAGUCCCCCUCAGAUUGGCGGUGGCAUCAGGGCGCAGGUCAUAUGCACAGUCGGUGCGUGCAGCUGACGUCAUGAUGCAGGGCGGGUGGAUAUGCGGGCAGGUGGCUUGCAACUGUUCCCGGAUGCUCAGCGCCCCUUACCCCCUGCCUCACUUCUCCCCUCACCCCCUGACUCCCUCAGCCACUCCCUUCCCACUCCCUCACCCCCUCCUAUUCCCACCCCUGCUGACCCCCACAUUCCCUUCAAGCACUAGUAAUGUUCACGUGUUAAUAAUGUCCUGUUUGCCAGCGUGUUGACCUGUGUUCCCCUCCUGCAGGGUUUUGGAGCCGUUGCUGUGGACGGAGAGACGGGGACAUGAUGUCUGCAUGUCCAGCCUGUGGCAGCAACGGCGUACCCACAGCGGUGAGCGUUCCUUACCCUGCCCGUCUUAGAAACAUAGAAAAUUAGGUGCAGGAGUAGGCCAUUCGGCCCUCCAAGCCGGCACCGCCAUUCAAUAUGAUCAUGGCUGAUCAUCCAACUCAGUAUCCCGUACCUGCCUUCUCUCCAUACCCCCUGAUUCCUUUAGCCACAAGGGCCACAUCUAACUCCCUCUUAAAUAUAGUCAAUGAACUGGUCUCAACUACCUUCUGUGGCAGAGAAUUCCAUAGAUUCACCACUCUCUGUGUAAAAAUGAUUUUCUCAUCUUGGUCCUAAAAGAAUUCCCUCUUAUCCUUAUACUAUGACCCCUUGUUGUGGACUUCCCCAACAUCGGGAAUAAUCUUCCUGCAUCUAGCCUGCCCAACCCCGUAAGAAUUUUGUAGGUUUCUAAAAGAUCCCUCCUCAAUCUUCUAAAUUCUAAUGAGUACACGCCGAGUCUAUCCAGUCUUUCUUCAUAUGAAAGUCCUGCCAUCCCAGGAAUCAGUCUAUGGUAAGGGCUUCACCCAUCUUAACCACCUACUAGAGCGUCAUCCAAUCCUUCUCUCCACAGAUGUUGCCUGUCCUGCUGAGUACUCCAUCAUGUUGUGUCUUCUUUUGUAACCUACAGUUCCUUGUUUUUAAACCAUUCUGGUUAACCAUCGCUGCACCUUCCCCAAAGCCUCCAUGUCAGCCCUGUAAUUGAGUAAUAGCAUUUGCAGUGUAUGUAAUAUUCCAAAUGCUACCUGACCAAUAUCCCUUAAAGCUGCACAUAUACAUUCCUCUCGCCUUAUCCCACACCCUUUUAUCUUUAUUUUCCCUCGCGUCACUUGCUCCACUCAUCUGCCCAUCAACCUCUCAUCUGUUAACAUCAUGUCAGUCUGAAGAAGGGUCCCGACCUGAACUGUCACCUGUCCAUGUUCUCCACAGAUGCUGCCUGACCUGCAGAGUUACUGUAGCACUUUGGGUUAAGACUCAUAGAGUGAUAUAGUGUGGAAACAGGAUCUUUGGCCCAACUGGCCCACACCGAUCAACAUGUCCCGGCUACACUAGUCCCACCUGCCUGCAUUUGCUCCACAUCCCUCCAAACUUGUCCUAUCCAUGUACUUGGCUGUUACUGUUUCUUAAACGUUGGGAUAGUCCCAGCCUCAACUACCUCCUCUGGCAGCUUGUUACAUUCACCAAUCACCCACUAUUGGAAAGUUACCCCUCAGAUUCCUAUUAAAGGGCCUGUCCCACUUGGCUGUCAUUUGCGCGUAAUUGAUGCAAAAUAAUGUAGGCGUCUCGACACACAACGCGCGCGUUGUGACACGCGUUUGAUGCUCGUAUGGUGCGUGAUGACAUAGGCAGUGACGCGCGGCGGCACAGGAUUUUGUGAUGUACAAAAUCUUCGCACGCCAUCUGCGUGACAAGCAAAUGACGGCCAAGUUUAACAGGCCCUUAAAUCUUUUCCCCUUUAUUUUUCCCCUUCCCCCACUCUGGGCAAGAGAUUCUGUGCAUCUAACUAAAUUGUGUUCUAUGCAAGAUUCCAGCAUCUGCAGUUCCUUGUGUCUCCCUCACCUAUAUCCACCUGAAGAAGGGUCUCAACCUGAAACCUCACCCAUUCCUUCUCUCCAGAGAUGCUGCUUGCCCCGCUGAUUUACUCCAGCAUUUUGAGUCCACCAACACAUGCCAGACUUUGUCCAACCACCAUCUCUCUUUUCCAGCUUCCUCCCUCCACCCUCUCCAAUCAGUCUAAAGAAGAGUCCAGACUCAAAUUGUCGUCUGCCCAUUCCCUCUAGAGCGGUGGAGGAACUCAGUGGGUCAGGCCGUAUCUGUAGAGGGAAGGGAAUCUAAGGCGACCACUCCCGCCUCUCCUUUCCAACAUUCUCCACCCCCCACACCAAGCAGUCUGAAGAAGGGUCCUGACCUAGAAUAUUGCCUGUCCAUGCUCUCCAGAGGUGCAAAUUACUCCAGGAGAUUGUGUCUCUUUUUGUAAACCAGCAUCUGCUGUUCCUUGUAUCUAGACUAGGUGUGUAUUUCAGCCUAGAUUUGAGCUCGGUCUGCCAUGGUCUGCUGAAUGUCCAGGUUGCCAACCAUUUUAUCUCCCCUCCCUACUGCCACACUGGUCUUUCUGUCCUGGGCCUCCUCCGUUGCCAGAGUGAGGUGACACGCAAACUGGAGGAACAGCACCUCAUAGUUUACAGCCCAAGGACAUGAACAUUGAAUUCUCCAAAUUAAAGGAACACCCCGCCAUCUCUUCGUCAUUCCUCUGUCUUCUCGCUGGCGAACGGCAUCAGGAUUAAUCCGGAGUCACCGCUUCCUGUCCUCUGGCCGUUCCCCCUCAGCUCUGAACGGUGGGAUUUCGCUCUCCGCCCUUGGACAUCCGCAAGUCUCUGGUUGCGGUAAACAAGGACUUUUGCUCGUUUAUCCACUGGAGCCAAGUUGUAUUCCAAUGAAAUAAAUGUCGUUUAAGCAAAAAAAAAAUGUAGAUAGGCCCCCAAAUAAUCAGUGUCAACUGGGUGGCGGCACCAGCACUGGCUGCCUCGCCAACAGUCUGUCUGUUCCUUCUACUGUUUAUUAAUUUUAAGCAUUUUGUAAAAGUAUGUUUAAGAGUUUUUAGGUUUGAUUUAAAUGAGAGAUGAGGACGGAAUUGGGGGAAACUUUUUUUCAGUCACUUACCUCGGCGGAGAUGCGAUUUUUCACCUUUGCCGAGGCUCGUCUGUGAUGAGCUCCAACCUCAGGGCCUGUGGACGUUAACACCGUGAAGCCCGCAGUCUCUGGUAAGAAGAGGCCGACUCGAGAGCUCCAUGCUGCGACGUGUUCCAAUCUGUCCCAAUGCUGGAGUUUCGGUCAUCCCGACACAAGGUCUUCGGAAAUCAGACCGUCAGCAGUGACGACUGCGGAAGGUUCAACAGCCCCAACCACGGGUGAACAAACGAGGAAGAUGAUUGAACAUUAUUACCUGCCAUCACAGUGAGGAAUGUGGAUUCCGCUGUGGUGGAUAUUUUUUUUUAUGUGGCUGUGUCUUGUUGCUUUUUGUUUACUUAGUAUGGCUGUAUGGUAACUGAAAUAUCACUAUACCUUAAUUGCUGUGACAGUAUUAAUGUGACUAUAUAUUUGAACUUGAACAUGAUAAAAGCCGCCAAACUCCCAGUCCUUUGUUUUAUGCCUGUCCCUCUCCCCUCCUCGCUCCCCUCCUCCUCUCCCCAUCCUCCUCUCCCCACCACCUCCUCUCCCCCCCAUCCCCCACUUCCUCUCCCCCCCACCUCAUUCUGCCCCCCUCCUC